GCAGUACCCGGCGGGGCGGGCCCCCAAAGGGCGGGAGUUUGGGGGCGGGGUCUGGGAGCCAUCCUUGCAGCGGUCUGCAGCCCGGGGUCCGGCCUUACAGCUGCUGCGGUCGCCCCCACGUUGAGGAGCUCCCCAGGGAUCCGCGGGAGCCGAUCGCGCUCGAGAGGAGGUGGGAGUACCACAAUGGUUAGAGACCCUGCGGGAGCAAGCAGCCUCUGACUGCAUAGGGAUCUGUGCUCUUGCUACCUGGUGCCCUCAUGGAGACCGGAAGUCCGGGGUUGAGCAACAUGAAGCCCGAGUCCCUGCAGCUGGUGUUGGAAGAGCAAGUGCUGGCAUUACAGCAGCAGAUGGCGGAAAACCAGGCAGUCUCCUGGCGGAAGCUGAAGAGCUCCCAGGAGGCCCAGCAGAGGCAAGCAACCCUCGUGAGAAAGCUGCAGGCCAAGGUGUUGCAGUACCGGAGCUGGUGCCAAGAGCUGGAGAAGCGGCUGGAAGCCACCGGAGGAUUGAUCCCUCAGCAGUGGGAAAGUGUGGAGGAGCCAAACCUGGAUCAGCUACUAAACAGACUGGACGAGGAGCAACAGAGGUGUGAGAGUCUAGCAGAGGUGAACACUCACCUUCGACUUCAUAUGGAAAAAGCUGAUGUGGUGAAUAAAGCCCUUCGGGAAGAUGUGGAAAAAUUGACCGUGGACUGGAGUCGGGCCCGGGAUGAGCUAAUGAGGAAGGAGAGCCAGUGGCGGAUGGAGCAGGAGUUCUUCAAGGGCUAUCUGAAAGGGGAACAUGGUCGCCUUCUCAGUCUGUGGCGGGAGGUGGUGACCUUCCGACGCCACUUCCUGGAAAUGAAGUCAGCUACUGACAGAGAUCUGACAGAGUUAAAGGCUGAACAUGCGAAGCUUUCAGGAUCCCUGCUGACCUGUUGUCUGCGCCUGACUGUGGGAACACAGUCUCGGGAAUCCAGUGGAUCUGGGAGAAUGGAUGAGCGUGAGCCAACCCAGCUGCUGCUGCUGGUAGCCAAGACCCAAGAGCUGGAGAAAGAAGCUCAUGAGAGGAGCCAGGAGUUGAUACAGCUGAAGAGCCGAGGGAAACUGGAGAAAGCUGAGCUUCAGGACAGGGUGACUGAACUCUCUGCUCUUCUAACCCAGUCUCAGAAGCAAAAUGAAGAUUAUGAAAGGAUGGUAAAAGCUCUGAGAGAGACAAUGGAGAUACUGGAGACAAAUCACACAGAGUUAAUGGAACACGAGGCAUCUCUCAGUAAGAAUGCCCAAGAAGAGAAGUUGUCUUUGCAGCAGUUGAUCAAGGAUAUAACCCAGGCUUUGUUAGAAGAAGACAGUAUGUUGCAAGACUCUGGUCAAGAGAACUCCCUGGAAUUGGACUGUAGUGGCUUCUGCCAGUUUGAUUCCCAGGACCCAGAUAAGGCUAUUACUCUGGUACGUGCGGUGCUGACUCAGAGACGACAGGCUAUGCAGGACCUAAGGCAACAGCUUUCAGGCUGCCAAAAGGCUAUGAGCAUCUUGCAGGAGCAGCACUAUCAAUGGGAGGAAGAAGGCGAGACCCUGAGACAGCGGCUGCAGAUGCUCACAGGCGAGCGGGAUGUGCUGGCAGGGGAGACUGUGGGCCUCCAGACAGAGGUGGACUCCCUCAGCAAAGAGCGAGAGCUCCUGCAGAAGACCAGGGAAGAGCUGCAACAGCAACUGGAGGUGCUGGAGCAGGAGGCGUGGCGACUUCGGAGGGUGAACAUGAAGUUGCAGUUGCAGGAGGACUCGGCCCAAGGGCAGAAAGAGGAGCAGCAGGAAGAGUUGCACCUGGCUGUCCGGGAGAGGGAGCGUCUUCAGGAGACGCUGGUGACCCUGGAAGCCAAGCAGGCAGAAUCACUCAGUGAACUGAUCACGCUUCGGGAAGCCCUGGAAUCAAGCCGCCUGGAAGGGGAGUUGCUGAGGCAAGAGCAAGCAGAAGUGACCGCAGCGCUGGCCAGGGCAGAACAGUCCAUUGGAGAGUUGUCAGGUUCUGAGAACAGCCUGAAAGCAGAAGUUGCUGAUCUUCGAGCUGCAGCUGUCAAACUGAGUGCCUUAAAUGAGGCUUUGGCUUUAGAUAAAGUUGGGCUGAACCAGCAGCUUCUCCAGUUGGAGCAGGACAACCAGUCCUUGUGCAGCAGAGUGGAGGUCGCAGAGCAGGCAAGAAGCACUUUGCAAGUGGACCUGGAAGAGGCAGAGAGGACCAGGGAAACCUUAUGGGAAAAGAGAACUCAGCUAGAGGCUCAGCUGCGGAAAGCAGAGGAGACCAGAGCUGAGCUACACACAGAGCUCAGGGGCAUCCAAGAAGAAAAAGAAGAAAUUACAGAGAAAUUGAGUGAGUCUCGGCACCAGCGGGAGGCAGCCAUAGCUCAACUGCAGCAGCUACAUCAGGAGGUUGAGCGACAGGAAGAAGUGCUCGCUGUGGGAGCCCAGGAAAAGGAGGCCCUGGUUCGGGAGAGGGCAGCUCUCGAGGUGCGGCUUCAGGCUGUGGAACGGGACCGCCAGGACCUCUCUGAACAACUUCUGGGGCUCAGCUCAGCCAAGGAGCAACUAGAGAGCAGUCUGUUUGAGGCCCAGCAACAAAAUUCUGUGAUAGAGGUCACCAAGGGGCAACUGGAGGUCCAGAUUCAAACUGUCACCCAAGCCAAGGAAGUAAUCCAAGGGGAGGUGAGAUGCCUGAAGCAGGAACUGGACACUGAAAGGAGCCGGGCAGAGCAGGAGCGGGAUGCAGCAGCCAGACAGCUGGCCCAGGCAGAGCAAGAGUGGCGGGCAGCCCUGGAGCAGCAGAAAGCAGCCCACCAGGAGGAAGCAAACCAGCUCCAAGAGAAAUGGGAAAAAGAGCACUCCCAGCACCAGCAAGAACUAGACAAGGCUCUGGAAAGCCUAGAGAGGGAAAAGAUGGAGCUGGAAAUGAGGCUGAGGGAGCAGCAGACAGAAACGGAGUCCAUCCAGGCCCAGAGAGAAGAGGAACGGACCCAGGCUGACAGUGUGCUCUGCCAGAUGCAGCUGGAAACAGAGAAAGAGAGAGUGUCCCUCCUGGAGACACUGCUACAAACCCAGAAGGAACUGGCAGAUGCCAGCCAACAGCUGGAACGACUGAGACAGGACAUGAAGGCUCAGAAGUUAAGGGAGCAGGAGACCACUGGGGUACUGCAGACCCAGCUCCAAGAGGCCCAGAGGCAACUGAAGGAGACAGAUCAGCAGCACAGAGAGGACCUUGUUGCCCUCCGAGAAGAGAGCCACUCCCUGCUACAGGACAAGAUAGAUCUGCAGAAGCAGGUCCCCUCCUCCUCCCCACCCUGCCUCAAAGCCCAUCUUGGUAAAGCCAGGUCUUCCCAUGCCCAUAUCCACAGGUCACAGAGCUGCCUGACUCAGUCACUGGUGGAAAAGGAACAGAGACUCCUUGUUUUGCAAGAAGCUGACUCUGUUCAACAGCAAGAACUGAGAUCCCUACACCAGGACAUGCAGAAAGCCCAGGAAGGGCAGAAGGAGCUCAGUGCCCAGGUGGAAUUACUGAGGCAGGAGGUCAAGGAGAAGGAGGCUGACUUUGUGGCCCAGGAAGCACAGCUGCUGGAGGAGCUGGAGGCCUUGCGGAUCACGGAACAGCAGCUACGAGCUUCCUUGUGGGCCCAGGAAGCCAAGGCCGCCCAAUUGCAGCUGCGACUGCGCAGCACAGAGAGCCAGCUGGAGACACUGGCCGCUGAGCAGCAGCCUGGGGCCCAGGCCCAGGCCCAGCUGGCCAGCCUCUACUCUGUUCUGCAGCAGGCCCUGGGGUCUGUCUGUGAAAAGAGGCCUGAGCUGAGGGGUGGGGGAGACUCUGCCCCCUGCCUCUGGGUCCCUGAGCCAGAUAAAAAUGGAGCUAGGAGCCUCUUUAAGAGCGGGCCUCUCCUGACUGCUGUCUCAGCUGAGGCCGUGGCAUCUGCCCUGCACAAUCUUCACCAAGACCUGAGGAAGACACAGCAAGCCCGGGAUGACCUGAGGGAUCAGGCCCAGAAGAUGUCACAGCGGCUGACUGAUGCCGAAGUUGAGAAGACCCAGGUCCACUCAGAGUUGCAGGACAUAAAGAGACAGCUCUUUCAGAGCCAGGAAGAGAAAUCCAAGUGGGAAGAAAAACAGAAUUCCCUAAAAUCUGAGCUGAUGGAACUUCAUGAAACUGUGACAUCCUUAAAGAGUCGCCUUCGGCAAGCAGAGAUACAAAGAAUGGAGGCCCAGAAUGAGCGAGAGUUGCUUUGGGCAGCCAGAGAGGACCUGACGGCCCAGGUGGAGCAUCUGCAAGCAAGUGUUGCAGAAGCCAGGGCUCAGGCAAGUGCUGCUGGGGUCCUGGAAGAAGAUCUGAGGUCGGCUCGCUCAGCACUGAAAAUGAAAAAUGAAGAGAUGGAGAGUGAGCGAGAGAGAGCACAGGCUCUGCAAGAGCAGGGCGAGCUGAAGGUGGCCCAGGGGAAGGCUCUGCAGGAGAACUUGGCUCUGCUGGCCCACACCCUAUCUGAGAGAGAAGAGGAGGUGAAGACUUUGCAGGGAGAAAUCCAGGAACUGGAGAAGCAGCGGGAAAUGCAGAAGGCUGCUCUGGAACUGCUGUCUCUGGACCUGAAGAAGAGGAACCAAGAGGUGGAUCUGCAACAAGAACAGAUUCAGGAGCUUGAGAAGUGUAGGUCUGUCUUAGAGCACCUGCCCAUGGCAGUGCAGGAGCGAGAGCAGAAGCUAACUCUGCAGAGGGAGCAGAUCAAAGAGCUGGAAAAGGAUAGGGAGACCCAGAGGAAUGUCUUGGAGCGUCAGCUUCUAGAGCUGGAGGAGAAGACCCAAGUAAUUGAGUCCCAGAGAGGACAGAUUCAGGAUCUGAAAAAGCAAUUGGUAACUCUGGAAUGCUUGGCCUUGGAGCUGGAGGAAAGCCAUCACAGACUGGAGAGCCAGCAGAAGGUGAUUGAGGAGCUAGAGGGCCAGCGGGAGAUGCAGAGGGUGGCUCUGACCCACCUCACACUGGACCUGGAAGAAAGGAGCCAGGAGCUGCAGGUGCAAAGCAGUCAGAUCCAUGAGCUGGAGAGCCACAGCACUGUUCUGGCAAGAGAGCUGCAGGAGAGGGACCAGGAGGUGAAGUCCCAGUGUCAGCAGAUUGAGGAGCUGCAGAGGCAGAAAGAGCAUCUGACUCAAGACCUUGAGAGGAGGGACCAGGAGCUGCUGCUGCAGAGGGAAAGGAUUCAGGUCCUGGAAGACCAGAGGACACGGCAGACCAAGAUCCUAGAGGAAGACCUGGAACAGAUCAAACUGUCUUUGAGAGAGCGCAGCCGGGAGCUGGCUUCUCAGAGGCAGUUGAUGCAGGAGCGGGCAGAGGAAGGAAAGAGCCCUAGUAAAGCACAGCGUGGGAACUUGGAGCACAUGAAGCUGAUUCUGCGGGAUAAGGAGAAGGAGGUGGAGUGCCAGCAGGAGCACAUCCAGGAACUCCAGGAGCACAAGGACCAGCUGGAGCAGCAGCUCCAGGGCCUGCAUAGGAAGGUGGGUGAGACCAGCCUGCUCCUGACCCAGAGAGAGCAAGAGAUAGUGACUCUGCAGGGGCACCUGCAGGAAGCCAAGGAACAAGGGGAGCUGAAAGAGCAUUUGCUUCAGGGUCGGCUGGAAGAGGCCCAGAGGGCCCUGGCCCAGAGGAACCAGGAACUUGAGGCCCUGCAGCAAGUUCAGCAGCAGACCCAGGCCCAGGAAGAGAGCAUGAAGGAGAAGGCCAGUGCACUCCAGGCAGCUCUGGAACAGGCCCACGGGACGCUGAAGGAGCAUCAGGGGGAGGUGGAGGAGCACAGGGAGCAUGUGCAGAAGCUCCAGGAAGAGCUGGCAGUGGAAGGACGACGGGUACAGGCCCUGGAGGAAGUGUUGGGAGACCUAAGGGCUGAGUCUCGGGAACAAGAGAAGGCUCUACUGGCCCUUCAGCAACAGUGUGCUGAGCAGGCACAAGAGCAUGAGGUAGAAGCAAGGGCCCUGAAGGACAGCUGGCUACAGGCAAAAGCCACACUCAAGGAACAGGACCAGGAGCUGCAGGCUCUGCGGGCAGAAAGGCAGUCCCUCCGGCAUCAAGAGGCAGCUCUGCAAGAGGCCUUCAGCAAGGCCCAGGUUGCGCUGCAAGAGAAAGAACAGUGUCUUCUUGAGCAAGCAAAACUGAGCCACAGCCUGGAGGCAGGCACUGCCACCUUGCAGGCUGCCCUGGAUGCCUGCCAGGCUCGUGCCCAGCAGCUGGAUGAGACUGUUAGAAUGCGGGAAAGUGAAAUCCAGGAGCAGGAUCUCCAACACCAGGAGGACAUGCAACAGCUCCAACGGGUGCUUGCCCAGAAGGAUGAAGAGCUGAAGCAUCAUCGGGAACAGGGGCAGUUUCUGGAGAAGUGUCUGGCCCAAAGGAGCGAAGAGAAUGAGGUCCAAGAGAAGCAGAGUCUGGAGCAAGAGAAAGAAGAGGUGCGGGACCUUCGCGAGAGCCUAAGGGAGCUGCAGCUGACUCUAGCCCAAAAGGAAGAAGAGAUCCUGGAGCUUAGGGAGGCCCUGCAAAGGAAGAACUUGGCAGCCUCUCCUCCGAGCCACAAAGCCUUUCCAGUGGAGGAGCCAUCUCCAACACUGAAUUGGGACUUAGAGCGACUUCAAGUAGCCCUGAGGCAGACGGAGGCCAGGGAGAUUGAGUGGAGGGAGCAGGCCCGAGACUUGGCGCUGAACCUGGCUCAGAGCAAGGCCAGUGUCAGCAGUCUGCAGGAGGUAGCCAUGCUCCUACAAGCCUCUGUGCUGCAGCGAGACUCGGAACGGCAGAGGCUGCAGGAGGAGCUGGAGCUCGCCAGGCACGCUCUGGAGGAGGAACAGCUCCACAGCCUGCACCCAGCCAGCAGAGCAGAGCGGAGUGUGCAGCCCGGAGAGGUCUCGGCAGUGGAGGCUGAGCCCAAUUCUGCAACAGAGGAGAAGCAGCCAUGGAGACAAAGGCUGGAGCACCUACAGCAAGCAGUAGCCUGGCUGGAGAUUGACCGGAGCAGGCUGCAGCACCACAACACCCAGCUUCGGACCACCCUGGAGCAGGUGGAACGAGAGCGGAGGAAACUCAAGAGAAAUUCCAUGCGCACGUCCCAGGGAGGAGCCCUGGAGGUCGCUGAAGCCAUGGCCUCGUCACCCACACAGCAGGAUGGACAAGGAGGACAGAGGGGCUCCUCAGACACCAAGCAUAUGGUUGAACUGCAGAAAGAGGUGGCCCUGCUGCGGGCCCAGCUGGCCUUGGAGCGGAAGCAGAGGCAAGACUACAUUGCUCGCUCAGUGCAGACCAGUCGGGAGCUAGCAGGCCUGCACCACAGCCUGUCCCAUUCCCUUCUCACGGUGGCCCAGGCCCCUGAGGCCACUGUCCUGGAGGCUGAGACCCGAAAACUGGAUGAGUCCCUGACUCAAAGCCUGACAUCUCCAGGACCAGUCCUGCUACACUCCCGCCCCGGCACUCCCCAGGCUACCCCCAGGUAGCAGCCACAGCCAGGGCAGGAUACAGGCCCGCCUGCUGGAACACAGAAGACACAGGACUAUAGAGGAGGUCAUGGCCCCUCUACACGGCAACAGGUGUGCCAAAGGAAAGGUCCAGCUCUGUUAGCCCACCUGGGCCCCCAGGUCAUCUGGCAUUCACAGGAAGGGGACAGAAACCUGCACAGCAGGAGAGGGCCCCAGCUCACGUGGGAAUGAGACCCAUCACGUCACUGUCCUCUAGAGUCACGCGAGGAGUGCCCCCCACCAGCCCAGGGUAUCUGCGGUCUUACAGCCUGAUGAAACCUCUGCAGUCCACACCGGGCUGGGAGGCUUCAGUGACACCAACAGCAUGUGGGUGUCCUCAUCCAGCUGUGAGCACUUGAUGCGGUAAGUGCAGGGAAGUUCAUUGCCCUCUUGUCUGGAACUUACUGUCCCAGCAAUUCACCUCAUUCAUGUUUCCCUUCAACAAUAAACC